CCCAACUCCUAGCCCGCCUCGACCUUGCUUACAUCAGUCCGACACAAGGACAGGAGUUGCCAUCUCCCUACGCCUUGCUCGAGGGUCCAUGCUGGCGACAGCGCCGCCCGCUGCGACGGCCUCGGUCAUGCCGCCCGACGACGACCUGGAGGAGCAGUCGCUCAAGACGUCCCGCUCGUCAGCGAUCGACAUGGCAGAGAGCCUCUUCGCAGAUGAGGACGAGGAAGCCAAGGGCGGCGCCUCGGGUGCCACGCCCGCGAAGCGCAAGACCGCCGGCUUCGAGUCCAUCAAGUCGCUCUGGCCGUCCCGUGCGCACGCCAUCCGCUUUGCGAUGACGCUCGCCGCGCCGCCACGCGUGCAGGGCUCCCCGCGCCAGUCGUCCGAGACGACUGGCCUGCCCCCGCCGGCGGAGCAGAACACGAUUCCCCCACUCACGCGCUCGCGCUCCGAGGGCUUCCCGGGCCCGGCGAUGCUCGGCGGCGAGGAGCUCCGACCCGCCUACCCUCGCUCCGCCAUCGCCGUCCGCUUCAAGCUCCCUCCCGGUGCCACGCCGCUGCGGCAGGCGGCGGCGGCGGCGGCGGCCGAGCCUCCUCGUCCCAACACGCGCGUCUCGGGCGAUGUCCCCACGCCACCCACCUCCGGCCAGACCUCGCGCCGCGUCUCUUUUUCCGGCCCGGUCGCAGCGCUGCAACAGGCCCUCUCCGGCGCCCGCCUGGACGGGGCCGAGCAAGCGUCGCUUCCCUCCGGCGAGCCGCAGCUGCAGCCCCAGCCGCCGCACCCCCCUCCCCACGACGACCCGCACGCCUCCAUCCCCUCCUCCGUCCCCUCCUCCAUCGCCUCCUCCCCGCUCUCCGACCCUCGGAGGCCGCCGCCGCCGCACACCGAAGACAACGGGACCCGAGGAGCAGCAAGUGCGCCGGGCCCGCGCCGGGCGGUGGCGGCGGGGAUAGCAGCCCCGCCGCCGACGCAGACGCAGCCGCCGCAGCCGCCGCCGCAGUCGCCUCAGGCGCCGCCGCGCUCGCAGCCGCCGCCCCAGGCCGCCGCUCCCGCUCCUCCGCUGCCGAGUGCAGCUCCUCCGCCGUACUGGGGCGGCUUUGCCCCCGACGGGCUGCACGGGUUCGCGCAGCCGCAGGCGCAGUGGGGCGACGCGUAUGGAGGCGCCUAUGGCGGGCUCGUCCCGACCGGCGUGCCCGCCGGCAUGGUCAUCGACCCGACGGCCGGCAUGAUGAUCGACCCUAACGACCCGGGCUACGGAUACGUCUACGUCGUCCCCGAGCCCGGCUUCUUCGAGCACCAGCCCGGCCUCGCGCCCGCCGGCUUCUUCCCCUCGCCGCCGAUCGGCCAGCCGAUCGGCGUCGGCGGCGGCAUGGUCGGCGGCGGCCCGAUGCCUCCCCCCCUCGCCGCCGCCCCCUUUGUCGGCGCCGGCGCGGGAUGGCUGCCUCACCCGCCGCAGAUGGCGGGCGCUCCUCCUCCGCCUCCGCCGCCGCACGCUCCGCCGCCGCACGGCGCCCACCCCUACGGCGGCCUCAGCCACCCGCAGGGCCACAUCCUCGCGCACUCGCCGCACGGGCAGCCUCUCGCCGCCGCACCGCACGCCGCCGCACCUCCGCCUCCCUCUCCCGCGGGUGGGCCGCGCACCGGCGCCUCGCGAGGCGCGCCGCCCGCCGCCGCGGCGGGCGGCGGCGCGCGACGAGCGUCGACGCGCGCGCUGGCGGCGGAGCGAGCCCGCGCCGGCGGCCGCGUCUCCCUCGCGGCCCGCGCGACGGAGCAAAAGCAGUCGCGGCUGCUGCAGCAGGAGCUGGUGCGCAUGUCGGACACGCAGCUGCAGUGCGCGUGCGAGGAGCUCGCGCCGCACCUGCUCGAGCUCGCCACCCACGCCUUCGGCAACUACGUCGUCUCGAAGCUAGUCACGCGCUCGCAGGCGCACGCCGCCGUGCACUCCGCCCUGCGCGGCUCCGUCGUGCCGCUGCUCAAGCACCCGCAGGGAUCGAGGGUCGUGCAGGCUGCGCUCGCCGAGCUUCCGGCGGGCGAGGCCGCCUCGCUCGCCGGCGAGCUGGACGGGCAUGUCCUCGAGUGCGCGCUCGACACGCACGGCUCGUGGGGCGUCUGCGUCGCCUUCCGGCACACGCACGCGCCCUUCCUCGUCGCGCAGGAGAGACACGGUUGCCGGCGCUUCUGCACGCAGCAGCCUUUGAAGCGGGUGGUGCAGCAGCUGCUGCACGAGGCGGCCUCCGCCGGGAUGGACAUCUCGGCCGCCGUCGGCUCCCUCCUCGAGGGCGAGCUCGGCUACCUGGCGGCGCACCCCUUCGGCAACUACGCCGUCCAGGCGGCGCUGCGGCACGCGGUCCCUUCGCAGCGGGUGGCGAUGCUGGACGCGCUCCUCCCCUCGAUCCUCGCCCUCUCCGGCUCGAAGCACGGCUCCAACGUCGCCGAGAUGCUCCUCAUGCUCGCCUCGGUCGAGCAGCUCGAGGCCGUCCGCCGCCAGAUCUUUGGCCCGCCCGACACCCCCGUCGACCUCGCCGAGCUGCCGCAGCUGCGCGCCCUCAUGUCGUCCCCCUUCGGGAACUACGUCCUCCAGGCGCUGCUCCGAAAGCUCAAGGACGGGCGGCGAUCCGCCGCGCUGCAGCUCAUCGAGCGGCACAUCUCCGACGACAAUUUCGGGCGCGCCAUCCUGGCCGCCGCGUCGUCGGCCUGAGGGGCGCGAGCGGUGGGCGUUUUCCCUUCGCCGAGCGCCGGGCGGCGACACUCAGAUCAUUUAUCAUUUCCCGUGGACGUCUCCUGGGAUGGGAUGGGAUGUCUUGGCGCUCUCUGUCUCUCGCGCGGGGCGCACGCCGCUGGGGGCGUGAGAGAUGGCGCGGCGCGCCACGUCGCCCUCCGGGGGCUUGUGCGGCACGCGGAGCAGAGAGCGCGGUGUGUAGAAGUGCGGAGGGUGCGGGGGGUGAAGGGAUUCGAAAGUCGAUGAGGACAAGUGAUGAGACAAGUAAGAAUAUGUCUUUUCGAAUAAGUAACAAGUCUGAAAUCAG